AGCCAGAGUGUUUGUGUGCGUGUGUGUUGGACGUACCCAGCACCAGCGCAACCAGACACAGCGCUGUCGUGGCUCUAGUUAAGCGCCGCGCGUUCCGUCGUUCCGACACGACGAAGAUAUACUACCGACGAUCCCGACGAAAUUCCUGCAAAAAAACAGAACUUCCCCGUCCAGCAUUUCGCGGCAAGCAAAACGUGGGCUGUGCCUACUCCCCACGCCCCCGGAACACUGGGCUGCACGUGUAGUUUAAGACGGGGCACACAUCACCGAACGAACCCGUUACGUAUUAGUGUAUAACGAACAGCGAAAGUGUGUGAAAAAGUGAGCUUCUCUAAUUCACAACGCACAACCAGGAAGGGACUUUUUUUUUGGGAGAUUCGCUUAUUUUCCCUGCAGAACGUGUGUGUGUGUGGCAGUAUCAGCGUGGCACAGCCCAGAUCAAACACCUGUCGAAAAGGGAACAGGGAUUACAGUGUGUGUUGUGGAGGAUCGAUUUCCCACGUUUUCCAUUUCGCAGCAUUCGUCUGCGUGAUUUCGUAAUGUGAAGAAGCAGUGCGCGAUCGACGUGUGUUUAGUGGUGGUGGUGGUGGUGGUAGUGGGGUCAGAAUUUUCCGUAGUACCGGGGGAGAAAUGUAUCAUCCCCAGGCCUGUUAAAGGCAAAGUAUUUCAAGUAGGAAAGCGAUCGUUUUUAAGCAAUUGGACCAUUCUGCGCGAAAGUGUAAUAGGAAUCCAAUUGGAAAUUCUACUUGCCAAGUGGAAAAGCGAAUACGAAACAACACACACACUAAACGAAAGUGAAGUGAAGAGGUGAAGUGUUUGCGGCGCGUGGUGCUUGGUUGGUUGAGAUCGAGUUGCGUGAUCGGAAGGAAGGUUUUGUUUUUGAGGGAAAUUCUGUGCUGCUGCUGCUGCUAGCAGAGACGACGACGCCGCCCCCGGCCACAGUAUGGGGAGCAACUGCUGCAAGGGUGAGGCAGGCACCCAGGUGUACAAAGGGAAUGGCACCGAAAUAUCGAUUGGACCUCGGCAACGGAAAAGCCCCGUCUACGUGGAGAUGAUGCGCGAGGAAACAUUCCAAGUGGAUGAAACGCCACACUUUGGGGCACCAUUUUUCCUAAGGAAGCUUAGUGACUAUACGGUGCUGGUGGGGACGAAAGCGAAACUGUCGGUGCACAUUUCCAACACUAAGGACGUAAAGGUCACCUGGUUGAAGGAUGAGGUACCGCUCGCCGAGUCGGAACGGUACGUGUGUACGAGCAAGGGCCAGCUGCACUCGCUCGACAUUGCGACCGUACUGCCCGAAGAUAAUGCCAAAUGGUCCUGCCAGGCGGAGAACCUGCUGGGCAAAUGUGUCUGCAGUGGGCAGCUAACGGUGCGAGUGCCAGAAACGUACAAAGCGCCCGAGUUUGUCGACGAGCUGCGGGCCAUCCUUACCAGCCAGGGUACGAUCUCGCUGGAGUGCAAGGUGAUCGGCUACCCGACGCCGGAACUGCGCUGGUACAAGGACGAGAAGGAGAUCAAGGCGGGCGAUAUGUUCGGGCUGUCCAUCAACGGGGGUGAUUUGGCAUCGCUCGGCGUGUACACCUGCGUGGCGACGAACUGUGUCGGCCGCAGCCGCUCCAGCUCGAAGGUUCGCGUGCAGGAGCAGGACACGAUUGCGAAGGAAAAAACGAUCGAUAAAAUUUCACCGGUGUUUAUCGAAGAACUCGAAAGAAUUAAGGGCAAAAUAGGUGAUCGACUGGAGCUGCGUUGCAAAAUCAAUCUAUCUGCAGCUCCGCUCAGUGUGCGAUGGUACAACCAGAAUGGGCUGAUCGAAGCGAACGAAAAGUAUUCGAUAUUCGAGGACGGGUUGGGUUGCUUUCUGGUCGACAUCAAUGCGGCCGAACUGUGCGACGCGGGCGAGUGGAAGUGCGUGAUCACGUGCAAGGACGGUCUGAUCGGCAUCACCACCAAUGUGGUGGAGCUGGACGUGCCCCGGAACUAUCGUGCGCCCCGGUUUAUGGAGGGCCUGAAAGCGGUCAUGACGGACGAGGGGCUCGUCUCGUUCGAGUGCAAGGUGAUCGGUUUCCCGACGCCCAUCCUGCGCUGGUACAAGGACGGCCGGGAGCUAAAGCCGGGGGACGUGUACCAUCUGACCGGUGUUAACUCGCUCGGCUCGUACUGCUGCGUGGCCCGCAACAGUCUCGGCGAGGCAUCGAGCACCACCUUCCUCUCGGUGAACGACAUCAAGGCGCAGCUGAACGAGGAGGAGUGGCUAAACCUGCUGCAGGUUAAUCAGGCGCCCGUGUUCAAGCAGGGGCUGAACAGCCGCGAUGUCAACAUUUCCGAACCGUUCCGCCUGACGGUGGUGGUAAGCUCCGUGUCGAAGCCCACGGUCUGCUGGUACAAGGACGAUCUGGUGGUGGACGGUUCGGACAACUGCAAGCUGACGGCGGACGACAGCACCUACACGUACCACCUGGACGUCGUGGUGGCCCAGCUGGACGAUCAGGGCGAGUGGAAGUGUGUGGCGUCGAACGAGUUCGGCCAGGCCGGCACGUCCUGCUUUGUGAAGCUGAUCAUACCGAAGCACUACCGGAAGCCGAAGUUCCUGGAAAACCUGAAGGCGGUGAUGCUGCGCGACGGCACGGUCAACCUGGAGUGCAAGGUGAUCGGCGUGCCGCAGCCGGUGCUGAAGUGGUACAAGGACGGGACCGAGCUGAAGCCGGGCGACAUUCAUCGCAUCAUUACCGGGCAGGACGGCAAGUGCUGCUUGGGCACGUACACGUGCGAGGCGGUCAACUGCAUGGGCUCGGUAAGCAGUACCGCCUCGCUGCACGGCUACGACGGGAUAGCGGACGAAGGGCCGCUCCCACCGGAUGGAGCGGCUGCUGGCCCGCUAGUGAAGGACGCGUCCCUGUCCACCAUCCACGAGGAGCGCACGUCGCAGAUGUUCGAUACGGCCGCGUCGUACGAGAGUGCGGCCAGCAAUGGGCGGGGCGAGAUCUCGUUCACCUUCGACGGCAAGGAGGUGUCGGUGUCGCUGUACGAAACGCCCGAGCUGACGAACGACGAGGCGCUGCAGAUAGUGCAGAUGUUUGCCGACCAGCUGCACCAGAACAUUAACGAAAACGAAAACGUGACCAGCCUGCCGUCGCUGCGGUUCGUGAAGGAAACGUCCACGUCCGGGCAGCUGGUGAUGGAGGCGCUCGUCAUCGACGUGCCGGUGGUCGAGGACAGCAACGUGUUCGAGGACGAUCGGCGCACCGACUUCGACAUCGACGAGAUGCACGACGAGAACACGUUCACGUUCGAGAGCGGCAUCGCGUCGUCGAAGGUGCGGACGCACCGUCAGAGCAGCGGCGAGCAUGACGAGUUCCGCAGCAUGACCCCGUCCGACCACUCGGACCUGGAGCAGGACGUGAUGAUGAGCAUACUGAGCCGGGACAGUCUGCCCGUACUGACGAGCCCGGCCAAGACGACGGACGGAGGAGCAGCGUCCGGCGGUGCGGAUACGGUCGAACGCUUGCUUUCGCUGGUGGAGACGGUCGUCUUCCAUCUCGCCUCGAUACGGGAGGAGGUUCGCAAUCAGACGGACCUUGCCAUGACGCCCAGCUUCUUGGAGCGAAGCGAGAAGAUUUUGGCCGACAUCUUGUAUCCGGUGCAGCAGCUGCACAAACAGCUGGCCGGCCGCCCGGUGGUGCUGGAGAACCUGCUCGGCCCCGUCGAACAUCUGGCCCGCGGGCUGAGCGUGGUGGAGAAGUGUGUGCAGAUCGGCGGGUACAGCCGCACGUUCGUGUACCGCACGAGCGUCUGCAUUGUGGAGGGCUGCGGUAAGCAGAUCCUGAACUGUCUGACCGAUAUGCGGCUGCUGGCCGGCCAGCAGCCGGAGGCGGACUUUGUCACCCAGCAAAAGAUCUACAUGGCGCUGCUGGAGGUGCAGACGAGCAUCGAGUCGGCGCAGGAAAGCAUCCAGUCGCAGCGCAUCCUGCAGGAGGCGGACUCGGUCGCGGCGAUGCAGGACCUGUCCAGCAUCGUCACCAAUCGCUCCAUCUUCGAGGACAUCGAUUUCAUCCUGAAGGCGGAUGAACCGAUCGGCGGCCUGCAGAUCAAAAACCUGCAGAUCACGGUGCUGGAGUUCGAGAAGUCGCUCGCCACCAUACUGACGAUCGUUUCGCAGUCGGACAGCUGCAACGUGCGGUCGGAAAUUGCCCGCUUUGGGCUGACGGAGGUGCUGCUAGAGCUGAAGAACAAGACGGAGGUGCUGCUGGUGCAGAGCGCCGAGCAGCGCCAGCAGCGAAUCGUGGCGGAGGAAAUGAAACCGGCCGUUACCGAGCUGAGCAGCCUGGUCGAGCUGGUCGAGGCGAGCGCAUCGUACGCGGAGGUGAUCACCUGUCUCAACGAUAUGUUUGUGCCGCUGGAGGAAAUGAAGGCGGCCCUGUCGAAGCUGUCGAGCGAGCUGCGCCAUGUGCCGGAAAGGGAGUACAGCAGCAAUCAGGCGCUCGAGCAGCAGAUUGAAGAGUUUUACGAGAUGAUCGUACACCUCAAGGAGGAAAUACAGCGCACGAGCAAGGAGUACACCCGCAAUGGGGACGUGUUUGUGCGGCUGGAAGAUUGUCUCAAUCGGCUGUUUUGCAUCCACACGGCCGAUUCGAUCGACGACGAGGAGUGCGCUCGGAUGGAGAUUGUGCUGAUUCAGCUGCUGAUGAACCAUCUGACGAAGCUUGAGCUGGCGCUGCAGGAGAAGUCCGAGCAGGAGAUGCUGUCAUACAUGUCGACGGCUUUCCUGAACGUGCAUGACAAUUUGCAGCACUUUAGCUAUAUGCGCUCGAACAAUAAGUACGAGAAGAUACGGCAGGACAUACUGCAGCACGCCAGAAAGAUGGUGUUUUUCCUGAUUGAAAGGGAGUCUUCCGUCACGGCGACGGAGGAACGCCGCAAGGCCAUCUAUGAGAUUGCGCUCUUUUCUAUCCAUAACGAUUCGGCACGGAUGAGAGAAGGUUUGGAGAAGGAUUUCUCCGAACUGCUGGGAGAUGCUGACAGUGCUCACCGGUUGCUGAAAUGCUUGCAUGAGUUUGACGAGUGUGCAACUUUGUGUUUGAAAACUCACGAGCAGUCCGUAUUUGCGGACAAUGAGGCAGCGUUUGCAUCUUUGUUGAAGUUGGCAACUGCUAUGCGCCAGUCCUGUGAGACGGUGGAAGAUCAGAUCAUGAAUAAUUCAUUCGAUCAUUGCAAGGUUUUAACUUCCUUGGAGUUUCUCCAUGCUGCUGCGGACGAUUAUUCGCAAAGUAAUGAAAACGGUAUGGCUCUGCUGUGUCAGAACUUGUGUGAAGAUUUGAAUCUGUUGAUAAUGACUGGUAAGCGAAAGCAGGUAAAGAGUACGGAUAUUAGUGAAACUGUAUCAACGAGUACACUAGAUUCGCUAAAAACAAGCGUGAUAGAAAUCAGAAAAACUAUGCAAGCUAAAUCAUCUACGCUAAACAUCGAGCAGCCACUCAGUGCUUUAGAGUGUACGAUCAACGAGCUUGGGGAUCAGCACAUGCAGUUGGAUAGUGUUGAGCUGAUGAAUGCCAUUGCAACUCCUAUUGCGAAGGUGACCGAGACCUUGAAGAACAUCGAUCUGCAGUCGGCUCAUGUAGAACCGACGGUAGUGAUGGAGGAAUGUUUGCUGCAGAUGUGCGAGUCGCUUGAAAAGGCACAGUCUGACCAUUCAUUGGAACAGGCCAAAGAGGGCACAGUUCAUAGUAAACUGCUCGAGACGGUCACUCAUGUACAGCACGACAUCCGCGAGUGUAUCCAGAUGGAGAAGGACACUCGGGCCAAGGCAUCUCAGAUGCAACAGGGCGCUCUGGAGUCGCUGAAGCAAUCGUUGUCUGAUGUCCAACAGCUCAUCCAGACAGAGAUUGUAGCGAAGGAGGUGUCGAAGCCGUUGUUCGCUUUGGAGAGUACGAUCAACGAGCUCGUCGGCCAGCCUAUGAAGCUUGAGAGCAUUGAGCUGGUGAAUGCCAUUGCAACUCCUAUUGCGAAGGUGACCGAGACCUUGAAGAACAUCGAUCUGCAGUCGGCUCAUGUGGAGCCGACGGUAGUGAUGGAGGAUUGUUUACUGCAGAUGUGCGAGUCGCUUGAAAAGGCACAGUCUGAGCAUUCAUUGGAACAGGCCAAAGAAGGCACAGUUCAUAGCAAACUGAUCGAGACGGUCACUCAUGUACAGCACGACAUCCGCGAGUGUAUCCAGAUGGAGAAGGACACUCGGGCCAAGGCAUCUCAGAUGCAACAGGGCGCUCUGGAGUCGCUGAAGCAAUCGUUGUCUGAUGUCCAACAGCUCAUCCAGACAGAGAUUGUAGUGAAGGAGGUGUCGAAGCCGUUGUUCGCUUUGGAGAGUACGAUCAACGAGCUCGUCGGCCAGCCUAUGAAGCUUGAGAGCAUUGAGCUGGUGAAUGCCAUAGCAACUCCUAUUGCGAAGGUGACCGAGACCUUGAAGAACAUCGAUCUGCAGUCGGCUCAUGUGGAGCCGACGGUAGUGAUGGAGGAUUGUUUACUGCAGAUGUGCGAGUCGCUUGAAAAGGCACAGUCUGAGCAUUCAUUGGAACAGGCCAAAGAGGGCACAGUUCAUAGUAAACUGCUCGAGACGGUCACUCAUGUACAGCACGACAUCCGCGAGUGUAUCCAGAUGGAGAAAGACACUCGGGCCAAGGCAUCUCAGAUGCAACAGGGCGCUCUGGAGUCGCUGAAGCAAUCGUUGUCUGAUGUCCAACAGCUCAUCCAGACAGAGAUUGUAGCGAAGGAGGUGUCGAAGCCGUUGUUCGCUUUGGAGAGUACGAUCAACGAGCUCGUCGGCCAGCCUAUGAAGCUUGAGAGCAUUGAGCUGGUGAAUGCCAUUGCAACUCCUAUUGCGAAGGUGUCCGAAACCUUGAAGAACAUCGAUCUGCAGUCGGCUCACGUUGAACCGACGGUAGUGAUGGAGGAUUGUUUGCUGCAGAUGUGCGAGUCGCUUGAAAAGGCACAGUCUGAGCAUUCAUUGGAACAGGCCAAAGAGGGCACAGUUCAUAGUAAACUGCUCGAGACGGUCACUCAUGUACAGCACGACAUCCGCGAGUGUAUCCAGAUGGAGAAGGACACUCGGGCCAAGGCAUCUCAGAUGCAACAGGGCGCUCUGGAGUCGCUGAAGCAAUCGUUGUCUGAUGUCCAACAGCUCAUCCAGACAGAGAUUGUAGCGAAGGAGGUGUCGAAGCCGUUGUUCGCUUUGGAGAGUACGAUCAACGAGCUCGUCGGCCAGCCUAUGAAGCUUGAGAGCAUUGAGCUGGUGAAUGCCAUUGCAACUCCUAUUGCGAAGGUGUCCGAAACCUUGAAGAACAUCGAUCUGCAGUCGGCUCACGUUGAACCGACGGUAGUGAUGGAGGAUUGUUUGCUGCAGAUGUGCGAGUCGCUUGAAAAGGCACAGUCUGAGCAUUCAUUGGAACAGGCCAAAGAGGGCACAGUUCAUAGUAAACUGCUCGAGACGGUCACUCAUGUACAGCACGACAUCCGCGAGUGUAUCCAGAUGGAGAAGGACACUCGGGCCAAGGCAUCUCAGAUGCAACAGGGCGCUCUGGAGUCGCUGAAGCAAUCGUUGUCUGAUGUCCAACAGCUCAUCCAGACAGAGAUUGUAGUGAAGGAGGUGUCGAAGCCGUUGUUCGCUUUGGAGAGUACGAUCAACGAGCUCGUCGGCCAGCCUAUGAAGCUUGAGAGCAUUGAGCUGGUGAAUGCCAUAGCAACUCCUAUUGCGAAGGUGACCGAGACCUUGAAGAACAUCGAUCUGCAGUCGGCUCAUGUGGAGCCGACGGUAGUGAUGGAGGAUUGUUUACUGCAGAUGUGCGAGUCGCUUGAAAAGGCACAGUCUGAGCAUUCAUUGGAACAGGCCAAAGAGGGCACAGUUCAUAGUAAACUGCUCGAGACGGUCACUCAUGUACAGCACGACAUCCGCGAGUGUAUCCAGAUGGAGAAAGACACUCGGGCCAAGGCAUCUCAGAUGCAACAGGGCGCUCUGGAGUCGCUGAAGCAAUCGUUGUCUGAUGUCCAACAGCUCAUCCAGACAGAGAUUGUAGUGAAGGAGGUGUCGAAGCCGUUGUUCGCUUUGGAGAGUACGAUCAACGAGCUCGUCGGCCAGCCUAUGAAGCUUGAGAGCAUUGAGCUGGUGAAUGCCAUUGCAACUCCUAUUGCGAAGGUAACAGAGGCCUUGAAGAACAUCGAUCUGCAGUCGGCUCAUGUGGAGCCGACGGUAGUGAUGGAGGAUUGUUUGCUGCAGAUGUGCGAGUCGCUUGAAAAGGCACAGUCUGAGCAUUCAUUGGAACAGGCCAAAGAGGGCACAGUUCAUAGUAAACUGCUCGAGACGGUCACUCAUGUACAGCACGACAUCCGCGAGUGUAUCCAGAUGGAGAAAGACACUCGGGCCAAGGCAUCUCAGAUGCAACAGGGCGCUCUGGAGUCGCUGAAGCAAUCGUUGUCUGAUGUUCAACAGCUCAUCCAGACAGAGAUUGUAGUGAAGGAGGUGUCGAAGCCGUUGUUCGCUUUGGAGAGUACGAUCAACGAGCUCGUCGGCCAGCCUAUGAAGCUUGAGAGCAUUGAGCUGGUGAAUGCCAUUGCAACUCCUAUUGCGAAGGUAACAGAGGCCUUGAAGAACAUCGAUCUGCAGUCGGCUCACGUUGAACCGACGGUAGUGAUGGAGGAUUGUUUGCUGCAAAUGUGCGAGUCGCUUGAAAAGGCACAGUAUGAGCAUUCAUUGGAACAGGCCAAAGGGGGCACAGUUCAUAGCAAACUGCUCGAGACGGUUACUCAUGUACAGCACGAUAUCCGCGAGUGUAUCCAGAUGGAGAAAGACACUCGGGCCAAGGCAUCUCAGAUGCAACAGGGCGCACUGGAGUCACUGAAGCAAUCGUUGUCUGAUGUCCAACAGCUCAUCCAGACAGAGAUUGUAGUGAAGGAGGUGUCGAAGCCGUUGUUCGCUUUGGAGAGUACGAUCAACGAGCUCGUCGGCCAGCCUAUGAAGCUUGAGAGCAUUGAGCUGGUGAAUGCCAUUGCAACUCCUAUUGCGAAGGUGACCGAGACCUUGAAGAACAUCGAUCUGCAGUCGGCUCAAGUAGAGUCGACGGUAGUGAUGGAGGAUUGUUUGCUGCAGAUGUGCGAGUCGCUUGAAAAGGCACAGUCUGAGCAUUCAUUGGAACAGGCCAAAGAGGGCACAGUUCAUAGCAAACUGCUCGAGACGGUCACUCAUGUACAGCACGACAUCCGCGAGUGUAUCCAGAUGGAGAAGGACACUCGGGCCAAGGCAUCUCAGAUGCAACAGGGCGCUCUGGAGUCGCUGAAGCAAUCGUUGUCUGAUGUUCAACAGCUCAUCCAGACAGAGAUUGUAGUGAAGGAGGUGUCGAAGCCGUUGUUCGCUUUGGAGAGUACGAUCAACGAGCUCGUCGGCCAGCCUAUGAAGCUUGAGAGCAUUGAGCUGGUGAAUGCCAUUGCAACUCCUAUUGCGAAGGUGACCGAGACCUUGAAGAACAUCGAUCUGCAGUCGGCUCAAGUAGAGUCGACGGUAGUGAUGGAGGAUUGUUUGCUGCAGAUGUGCGAGUCGCUUGAAAAGGCACAGUCUGAGCAUUCAUUGGAACAGGCCAAAGAGGGCACAGUUCAUAGCAAACUGCUCGAGACGGUCACUCAUGUACAGCACGACAUCCGUGAGUGUAUCCAAAUAGAGAAGGACGCACGAGAAAAACAUAAUAGUUCAAUUAGGAAAGAAGAUAAUGCGAUUAUGAUAAAGAAGGAAAAGGAAGAGACCAAGAAAAAGAAGGAGGAGGAAGAGGAUAAGGAGAUGAAGGAAGAAGAAAAAGCUAAGAAGACUAAAGAUGAAGAAGAAGCCAAGAAGAUGAAAGAAGAGGCUGAAGUCAGCAAUAAGAAAUCAGAAGAGGAAUAUAAGAAAAAGAUAGAUGAAACAGAAACUGAGACAAAGGCAGAAGAAAGUAACAAAAAGAAAGAAGAGGAAGGGGCCAUUAAGAAUAAGAAAGAAGAAGAAGCUAUACAGAUUAAGCUUGAUAAAGAAAAGAAGGAAGCAGAAGAAAUCAAUAAAAAUCUGAAAGAGGAAGAAGCCAAGAAAAAUCAGAUAGAGCAAGAAGCCAAGAAGAAGCAGGAGGAGGAAGAUACCAAGAAGAAGAAGGAAGAAGAAGCCAAAAAGAAGAAAGAAGAGGAAGAAGUUAAGAAGAAGAAGGCUGAAGAAGAGGCUAAGAAGAAAGAAGAGGAAGAAGUUAAGAAGAAGAAGGCUGAAGAAGAGGCUAAGAAGAAGAAGGCUGAAGAAGAGGCCAAGAAGAAGAAGGAAGAAGAGGAAAUCAAGAAGAAGAAUGAAGAGGAAGAAGCCAAGAAGAAAAAAGAAGAGGAAGAAGCCAAGAAGAAAAAAGAAGAAGAAGCUAAGAAGAAGGCUGAAGAAGAGGCUAAGAAGAAGAAGGAAGAGGAGGAUGCCAAGAAGAAGCAGGAUGAAGAAGCUGCCAAGAAGAAGAAGGAAGAGGAAGAGGCCAAGAAGAAGAAGGAAGAGGAAGAAGCCAAGAAAAAGAAGGCUGAAGAAGAGGCUAAGAAGAAGAAGGAAGAGGAAGCUGCCAAGAAGAAGAAGGAAGAGGAAGAGGCCAAGAAGAAGCAGGAUGAGGAAGCUGCCAAGAAAAAGAAAGAAGAGGUAGAAGCCAAGAAGCAGAAGGAAGAGGAAGAAGUCAAGAAGAAGAAAGAAGAGGAAGAAGCCAGAAAGAAGAAGGAAGAAGAAGAAGCCAGAAAGAAGAAGGAAGAGGAAGAAGCCAAGAAGAAGCAAGAAGAAGAAGUCAAGAAGAAGAAAGAAGAAGAAAUCAAGAAGAAGGCUGAAGAAGAGGCUAAGAAGAAGAAGGAAGAGGAAGAAAUCAAGAAGAAGGAAGAGGAAGAAGCCAAGAAGAAGAAGGAAGAAGAAGAGGCCAAGAAGAAGAUGGAAGAAGAAGAAGCCAAGAAAAAGAAGGCUGAAGAAGAGGCUAAGAAGAAGAAGGAAGAGGAAGACGCCAAGAAGAAGCAGGAAGAGGAAGCAGCCAAGAAGAAGAAAGAAGAGGAAGAAGCCAGAAAGAAGAAGGAAGAAGAAGAAGCCAGAAAGAAUAAGGAAGAAGAAGAAGCCAAGAAGAAUCAGGAAGAGGAAGCAGCCAAGAAAAAGAAGGAAGAGGAAGAAGCCAAGAAGAAGAAGGAAGAAAAAGAAGCCAAGAAGAAGAAAGAAGCGGAAGAAGCCAAGAAGAAGAAAGAAGCGGCAGAAGCCAAGAAGAAGAAGGAAGAAGAAGAAGCCAAGAAGAAGGAAGAGGAAGAAGUAAAGAAGAAGAAAGAAGAAGAAGUCAAGAAGAAGGCUGAAGACGAGGCCAAGAAGAAGAAGGAAGAGGAAGAAAUCAAGAAGAAGAAGGAAGAGGAAGAAUCCAAGAAGAAGGCUGAAGAAGAGGCCAAGAAGAAGAAGGAAGAGGAAGCAGCUAUGAAGAAGAAGGAAGAGGAAGAAUUCAAGAAGAAGGCGGAAGAAGAGGCUAAGAAAAAGAAGGCUGAAGAAGAAGCCAAGAAAAAGAAGGAAGAAGAAGAGGCCAAGAAGAAGAUGGAAGAGGAAGAAGCCAAGAAGAAGAAGGAAGAGGAAGAAGCCAAGAAGAAGAAGAAAGAGGAAGAAGUCAGGCUGAAGAAGGAAAUGGAAGAAGUUAAGAAGAAGAAGGCUGAAGAAGAAGCUAAGAAGAAGAAGGAAGAGGAAGCAACCAAGAAGAAGAAGGAAGAGGAAGAAGCCAAAAAGAAGCAGGAAGAGGAAGAAGCCAAAAAGAAGAAUCAAGCGGAAGAGGUCAAAAAGAAGCAGCAAGAGGAAGCAGUCAAGAAGAAGAAGGAAGAGGAAGAAGUUAAGAAGAAGAAGGCUGAAGAAGAAGCCAAGAAGAAGGAAGAAGAAGAAAUCAAGAAGAAGAAGGAAGAGGAAGAAGUCAAGAAGAAGCAGGAAGAGGAAGAAGCCAAUAAGAAGAAGGCUGAAGACGAGGCUAAGAAAAAGAAGGCUGAAGAAGAAGCCAAGAAAAAGAAGGAAAAGGAAGAGGCCAAGAAGAAGAUGGAAGAGGAAGAAGCUAAGAAGAAGGAAGAGGAAGAAGCCAAGAAGAAGAAGGAAGAGGAAGAAGUUAAGAAGAAGAAGAAAGAAGAAGAAGCCGAGAAGAAGAAAGCUGAAGACGAGGCUAAGAAAAAGAAGACUGAAGAAGAAGCCAAGAAAAAGAAGGAAGAGGAAGAGGCCAAGAAGAAGAUGGAAGAGGAAGAAGCUAAGAAGAAGAAGGAAGAGGAAGAGUUCCAGAAGAAGAGGGAAGAGGAUGCAGCUAUCAAGAAGAAGGAAGAGGAAGAACUCAAGAAGAAGAAGGAAGAGGAAGAAGCUAAGAAGAAGCAAGAAGAAGAAGUCAAGAAGAACAAAGAAGAAGAAAUCAAGAAGAAGGCUGAAGAAGAGGCUAAGAAGAAGAAGGAAGAGGAAGAAAUCAAGAAGAAGGAAGAAGAAGAAGCCAAGAAGAAGAAGGCUGAAGAAGAGGCUAAGAAGAAGAAGGAAGAGGCUAAGAAGAAGAAGGAAGAGGAAGAAGCUAAGAAGAAGAAGGAAGAGGAAGAAGGCAAGAAGAAGAAGGAAGAGGAAGAAGCCAAGAAGAAGAAGGCUGAGGAAGAUGCCAAGAAGAAGAAGGCGGAAGAAGAGGCUAAGAAGAAGGAAGAGGAAGACGCCAAGAAGAAGAAGGAAGAGGAAGCUGCCAAGAAGGAGAAGGAAGAGGAAGCUGCCAAGAAGAAGAAGGUAGAGGAAGAAGCCAAGAAGAAGAAGGAAGAGGAAGAUGCCAAAAAGAAGCAAGAAGAAGAAGCAGCUAAGAAGAAGAAGGAAGAUGAAGAAGCCAAUAAGAAGAAAGAAGAGGCAGAAGUUAAGAAGAAGAAAGCUGAAGAAGAGGCUAAGAAGAAGAAGGAAGAGGAAGACGCCAAGAAGAAGCAGGAUGAAGAAGCUGCCAAGAAGAAGAAGAAGGAAGAGGAACAGGCCAAGAAGAAGAAGGAAGAGGAAGAAGCCAAGAAAAAGAAGGCUGAAGAAGAGGCCAAGAAGAAGAAGGAAGAAGAAAAUGCCAAGAAGAAGAAAGAAGAGGAUGAAGCUAGAAAGAAAAAAGAAGUAGAAGAGACCAAGAAGAAGGCCGAGGCAGAAGCUAAGAGAAAGAAGGAAGAGGAAGACAUCAAGAAGAAAAAGGAAGAAGAAGAAGCAAAUAAAAAGGAAAAGAUGAAGAAGAAAGAUGAGGAAGAAAUCAAAGAGAAGGAAGAAAAGGAAAAAGCAAAACAAAAGAAGGCGGAAGCAGAAACAAAGAAACAAAAGGAAGAAGACGAAGCUAAGAAGACAAUACAGAAAGAAGAAAAUACUAAGCAGAAGGCGGAAGAGGAAAAGAUAAGGAAAAAGAGCAAGAAAACAGAAGAAGCUGAGGUAAGGAUGGUACAGGAAACGAAUGAAACUAAGCAGCAAAAGAAAGAAGAUGAAGUUCAGAGGAAGAUAGGAGAUACAGCGCAAGCCGCUGUGGUGAUGAUGAAGAAAUCGGAAGAUACUAUUCAGCAGGAAAAGACUAUUGCUAAGGUUCAAACCGUCCUAGACAAUGUGCAUGAACUGCUGCUGGAAAUCAAGCGUAUGUUCCUAACCAAUAGUGCGGGAAAAAAUUUGUCCUCUGCACUUAAAAAUGUUAAGCUUAGCAUGAUGACCUCUGCCGAUCUCGAGCGUUGCGAGGUUCAAAUGCCACUUGUGAAGCAUUUCCACGCUCCAAUCGCUACAUGGAUCACCACCUUGUCUCAGAUUGACCUUUACUCAGCGCAGUCCGAGACAUGGAAAGUGCUGGAAGAUAGCCUUCUGCAAUUGGUGGAUUCAUUUGGCCAGUUGCCACAACGAAGCGAACAGCUUCAAGUUACGGAAUGGAGAACCGUUUACACACUUUACAAAACCGUAAUGGUACUGCUCACCGAAGUAAGACAAUGCAUUUACCAAAGACGUUCAACGCAGGCAGAAGCAGAACUCGCGCUAAGCAAAACGAGCGUGGAACUGCAGUUGCUGCAGAAGGAUCUUGAGUACAUUCAGCUGAACUUCGGUUCGGAUCGGGUAGAUCUUACCUCAAAGACCGUACAGUCCUACUUUGUGCAAAUUUGUAAAUCCUUAACCCUGCUGCAUCCGUCCGUGGUGGCCACUGUCCAGAAGCCGUCUUACGCGACCUGCGUAAACAUUCUGCAGCAGCUUACCAUUCCCGUGCACGAUCUGGUGAGCGUUCUGCCGCCAAGCACGAGCGCGGGAGACGCUGAAGCCUUGAAUCCGGCACUGAAGCAUAACUUGAGACAGUUGUAUCGCAUCGUAUCGCUAAUUUCGCAGCAGCACCUUACCAGGGUGCGCAAUGAGCGCGAAGUUACGAUCGUGGAGGAGAUCAAGCGGCAACUUCUUAGCCUGGACCGGCUGCUGAAGGCGCUGCUUGAUCUGCACAGCAAGACGGAACAGCAGAAGGAUCUGCUGGAAAUGGUUCGUAAGAAUUUGGCCACGCUCAAGAGCGUCAUGCUGCAGGUUAGGACGACCUGCUGCCUGCAGACGCUGGUCGAGAAGGACGACCAGCUGCUGGGCGCGUUCGAGCUGGUAAUUGAACGGCUAACGGUGAACCCGCUGCAGCUCGACUCCGUCGAGUAUCUUCGUUUGCUAGCAGAGUCUCUGGAGCGGUACUGCGACGUGAUGCGCAGGCUCGGCAGCAAUGGGACGAUUUCCGACUGGCUGUUGCGCUACCAGCUGCAACUGCUCAAGAUCUUCGACACGAUCGAGUUUUGUCUGAGCGAGGAACAGUUCAUAGUGAUCGGUAGCAAGGAGAAGUACACCCGCACCAGCACGCUGGAUGCGAUACAUGCGGUGAAGCAGCUGAUAACGCACUACAAGAUCGCCAGCAGCCAGGAGGUGCGUCGGGAGCAAAAGUCGGAACAGACGCACAUCCAGCUGAUUGCCGCACGCCAGGGACUUACGGACGAGGCGGAAUCGAUGACGGGCGGUGGCCGGGAAAGAAGUGCCCGCCGCACGGUAGACGCGCAGCAGAGCCGGGCUGAUGCGGUACGGCGCCAUGCCACCCGUAGCCCGGUCGGGCAGCGGGACGAUCCGCCCCGCAGCUCGUCCAGGUGCAGCCUGGGCGCGUUACCGUCCAAGCGCGGGCCAUCGUUUGCGGUGUACCUGAAGAACGUGUUCAUCGAGCGCGAUCACAGCUUCAAGCUGCUGUGCGUGGUGCUGGACUCGGAGAUUGACGUCCGGUGGACGAAGGAUGGCAGCGACAUCGCACCAACCGGGCGGUACCAUAUGGUGCAGAAGAACGGGCUCAUCACGCUGCAGGUGGACCACGCCGAGUACGAGGAUACCGGUGUGUAUGCGUGCCACGUUUUCAACAAUUACGGCCAGUCGUUCAACAAGUGCACCGUCGAGGUGUAUGAUACGAGCGAUGAUAUCAUCUGCCCGUCGUUCAGCAUACCGCACCAAAUGGGUGGUAAUUCCCGGAUAGCACCAGAAACACACACAGAGGAAAAAGGGAAAACGAUGACGGGCAGACGGGAGCGCCGGUCGCGGUCGAAAAAGAACCAGCCGGAGGAGCCGGUCCAGGUGGAGGUGACGCCGGCCGAGCCGACGAUGCUGGACCUGCUGAAGAUACCGGGGCGGGGCGAUUCGCCGCGCGAUUUCCGCAGCCUGCACCGGGAAAAGUCGCCGUUCGAGAUCGGCGAGCGGCCGGAGAAGCAGGUCGCGUCCCAGAAGGCCAUCAUCGACAAGGCGCUCGUGAUGGACAUCUCGGGCGGCGUCACGAACGUGGACGAGUACAUCUCGCUGUUCUUCACCGACUCGUGCUCGCUGGAUCCGGCCAGCUGCGGCGACAUCUCGACCGUCAAGGUGGUGGUGGUGGAGGAGGAGAUGGUCGAGCCCGAGCCGCCGAAGCCGGCCGAGGAGCACUCCAAAACGGAGGCGGAGGCGGCCGCCGAGCUGGCCCGCAUACAGGAGGAGGAGGAGGCAGGUAAGUCCGCGAAGGAGCCGACGCCGCCGCCGCCGCCCCCGCCCGAGCCGGAACCAGAGCCGGAACCGGUGGAGGAAGAGGAGGAGGAAGAGGAGGAGGAGGAGGAACCCGAACCCGAGCCGCCUCGGGCGCCGACGCCGCCCCCGCCGAAGGAGCCGACGCCCGAGCCGGAACCGAUAAAGCCACCGCCCGAGCCCGAAUAUGACUCAGACGUAGAGCUGAUCCCGGUGAAGGAAGAGUUCGAUCCGUCGGUGUGGAAGAGCAUCGACAGUCUCGAACUGCAGCUGCAGCAGCAAGCGGAAGCGGAGGCGAAACCGAAAGCGAAGGAGAAAGAGAAGUCCCGUGAAGCGUCGCGCCGCGAAUCGACCACGCAGGAGAUGACGGAACGGGAGCGCGACCUGGAAUGGCAGCGGCAGCGCCAGAUGAUGCGACCGCCGCUGGUGAUCUCGCAUCUGAAGGCGCGUGCCGCCCCGAAGGGCUCGACGGUGAAGCUGACCUGCACGAUCUCCGGCCCGGGCAUCACGGUGCGCUGGCUCAAGAACGGUGACCCGAUCGAGAAGAGCACCAAGCACACGUUCAAGGUGAGCGAGGGCCUGCUCAGCCUGGAGAUCAAGGACAUCGACAAUGCCGACGCGGGCGAGUACUGCUGCAUGAUCAAGAACAAGAACGGCGAAACGUCCACCAGCACCUCGCUGACGGUGUACGAAAAUUACGAAACCAAACCAACGCCGCCGACGUUCAUCUCGAUCAAAGAUGAUGUUUCACUAGAGGACAAGCAGCAGCAGCAGCAGGCACCGGCAGUAGUUGCAAGUGAAGGGCAAGCAGCAGAAGCUGCUGCCACUGCUUCUACCCCUGAACAACCGGCAGCAGUAGCAGAAGCUACCGCAACUGCUGGCGAUGCUCCGGCAGCCGAACAACCCGUCUCGGGCGAUGCCGCACUUCCUCCCUCUGGCGCUCCCCAACCUCCGCCAGCUCAACCGCAGGAACAACCACCUCCUGCUCCUGCCGCCGUCGAAGCACCCGCCGCACCGACGACCGAAGAACAGCCCGCGGGCGAAGAGGGCGAAGCACCGGCCGCGCCACCACCGGAAGUGGGUGGCCAUGCCAAGCACAGGCGAACGGCGCCGGAGAAGUCACCGUCGCCGCCGCCGAUCGGGGGCGAUAUGGCCCGCUACUACCACAAGAAGAUACUGCACCAGCGGGACAAGCUGCAGUGGUCGGUGCACCUGACCAACCGGGCCCUCGUGGCCGGCCACCGGCUGAAGCUGAUGUGCUGCGCCACCGGGUUCGAUCCGACGCUGGAGUGGUUCAAGGACGGGCAGCCAGUCGAGUACGACGACCACAUCGUCGACAUGAACGACAUGCACCGGGGCGCGUACGGCUGCCUGUGGGUCAACGAUGUCACCGUGAAGGAUGCGGGCGAGUACAAGUGCAAGGCGAAGAACGCGACGGAGGAGAUCGAAACCGUGUGCCGGCUGACGGUGGUCGAGCCGGUCAACACGGUGCAAACCUUUGCGCCCACGUUCGUGCGCAUGGUUCGAGAAAACUACGACCCGUACAGCAACAUCCUCACGGUGGAGUUUGUGAUCCGGGCCAAUCCGACGCCAACGCUGACGUGGUACAAGGGCAUCAUCAAGCUGGGCGUCUACCCGGACAGCCACAUGCGCAUCUCGCAGCACUUUGACGAGACGGCCGAGCACACGAUCGCGUCGCUCGUUUUCUACGACCCUUCGUACACGGACAAUGGCGAGUACAUCUGCAUCGCGACGAACACGGUCGGCGAGGCGACGUGCAAGCAUGUGGUCGACUUCUGCAGCAAGGAGCAGUACUUCGAGUGGUUGGCCAAGAAGCGGCCCGGCUGGUUUAAGGCCGAAUCGUACAUUGCGGUCGAGCCGCCGCCCACCUUUGGCGAUGGCGAAGCCGGCGAUGAGGAGGAAGACGGCGGCGAGGAGGAGGAAGAGGAAGCGGAAGGUGGGGAGGAGGGAGAGGGACCGCCGAAGGUAAAGCGCGCUCCCAAGCUGCCCGACGUGAAGGAGCUGCCGGAGGAGGAAACGAAAGCGGAGGCGGAAGCGCAAGCCCCGGCAGAGCCGCGUAGCGUCCAGAUUGUGGAGCCGGAACCGGUGGCCCCGGCCAAGGAACCCGAGCCGGAGCCGCAUUACAAGCGGCGCAAGUCCCGCACGCAGGUAGCGCUGGAAGAGUUCGAGCGGCGCAAAAAGUUCGACUUUGUGUCGCACAUGGCGAACGUGCGGGUCGAGCCGGGCAAGACGCUACGGCUGAUCGCGUACGUGAAGUGCCCGGAGGAGGUGAGCUCCUACUGGAAGCGGGACGGGCGUGUGCUGGGCAACGGGUUGCGCCUGACGCACACCACGAUGCGGUGCGGCACGUGCGUGCUGGAGAUAGAGAAGUGCAAGUACCGGGACGCGGGCAGCUACACCUGCGUGGCCAAGUGCCCGACCUACGGUGAGAUCGAGCAAACGUGCACGGUGUCGGUGGUGGAGAAGACGGAGAUUAAGGGCGAAGCGCCGGUCUUUACCCGCCCCAUGCAAGAAAAGUAUGACCCGAUACAGGACGAGCUGACGCUCGAGUGUUGCGUGCGGGGCGAUCCCGAACCGGAGACGGUGUGGAUCGUGCAGGGCGUGUUCAUGCGCCACAACACGGGCGGCCGGCUGUACUUCCGCAAGUACCCGGACGGCCGCCAGCUGCUGAAGAUCUUUCAGCCGAGCAAGGAGGACAGCGGGCGGUACGUGUGCCGGGCGAAGAACAGCGUCGACAAGACGGACAUGUCGUACUGGCUGAACUACAAGAACAGCGACGAGGAUGUGCUGAAGGUGUUCGAGGAUGAGCUGCACAAGAAGUCGGAAAAGCCCAUCCUGAGCCGGCACCUGCGGGCGAAGGAUUGCGACUACAAUCCGGAGGACGAGGCGCUGAUCAAGUGGUCGGAAACGCGCAGCCAGCACGACAAGGAGUACGACUACCGGUACAAGCUGCGGUUCAUUACGCAGCUGCAGGAUAAGACCGUGCCGGAGGGUUCGAACCUCAAGUUUACCUGCUACGUCGACGGCAAGUUCCCGCUGUUCAUGUGGUACAAGGACGACAUACCGCUCGUGCAGGGCCGCAAGUACCGGCAGAAGACGCGCCGCGACGGCAAGGUGACGCUCGAGAUCGUCAACGUCACGACGGACGACGCCGGCACGUACAAGCUCGAGGCGCGCAACUACGCCGGUAGCAUUGAGACCAAGUCGGCGGUUACUGUUUAUGAAAAUCCGUACACCAAGUUCGUUCCGCCAAUCUUUGCUAGCAACAUCCUAGAGUACCAGCAGGCCAGUACAAAUCACUACACAGACAAAUCGUAUACUAACACCGCUACUGUCAGUGGCCACAGUACCAUCUCCCAUCAGCGGUCUUCGACACGGUCGACGGCAAGUGCCGGGUACGAUCACACCAAAGUGAAGGAGUACUACAGAAGACAUCAACAGCACACCGGUACUACCGCCGACCAGCAUCAUGCGUACAGCAGCAGCAGCCGUGAGAGCAGCAGGCAAACGACCUUCGAGCAUCGUCGAUCGUUGCGUGCCUCUACGGGCAGUAGCAGCUACCACCAUCUUAACAGUAGCAGCAGCCCGUACUAUUACAGUUCCAUGCAGGGGCUUGGCCACUUGAGCCACGGUGAGUCGUCGGCUCGUGAUGUAACAACCUCUUCAGACGUUGCGGCGAGACAGCGUCGCAGCUACCUCUCACACUACGACCGGUUGACGACGACGACGACGACCGGCACAACGAUGCGGAAAUCGCCGACCGUAGCGGACCAGCAGCAGCAGCAGGGUUUGACGAAGGUGGAGCGGACGGAAUGGCGUUCACGCGACUGGGCCCGCAUCAAGCGAACUAGCCCGACGGUGAUGCCACUUACCGAGACGAUGGAGGAUGAUACGGCGGCAAGCGGCCGGCACUCCGUUGGUGGUGGCAGGGGCAGCACUGGCGGUGGUGCCGUGCAAGCAACCACCAGCACAACGGAAUCGGCGGCAACUACGACUCGCGAAGAAUCUAAAUCCCAACGCACCGCCCAGCUUCAAGUGUCCACCGAGAUGGACCGCACCACCACCACCGUCGGUGGUAAACGAUCCCAAACCUACCCGUACCACUACCGGAUGGACACGUUCGCAACGACGUUGUCCCGUGGCCACGACAGUCAGCUUCACAGCUCGCUCGAGAUGUACCAACCGAUCGUGCAGACGGUGUUGCGCGAUCGGCUGGUCAAGCGCGGCUCCAAUUUGCUGCUGGUCUGCUCGUUCUGGGGCGUCAACUGUGAGAUCGAGUGGGUGCACAACUACACGAAGCUGAGCAGCGGGGCCAAGUAUCGCAUCUCGCGCCACCAGGGCAUGAGCAUACUGGAGAUCUACGACAUCACGCACCAGGAGGCGGGCAUGUACAAGUGCGUGGUGCGGAACGACUGUGGCGAGGACGUCACGAACUGUUGCAUUCUCGUGCUGGACCACAUACGGCUGUCGUCGACGAAGCAAACCCGACCGGACCGCCACACGCUGACGAGACGGUUUUAGGCACUCCCCGCAGAAGUAGAAGCGGGGGCAGAAGCUGGAGUAACUGAAGAAACGUACUCGCUGCACUCGAACGAGAUCGUGCUGGAGUGCCGGGUGCGCGGUACGCCCCGGCCGAACAUUGCCUGGAUCAAGGACGGCGAGUACAUCAUCCCGGGCGACAAGUACGAGCAGUACGACCAUGCCGACGGUACCUGCAAGCUGAUCGUGACCAGCCCGGGCGAGGAAGACUCGGGCACGUACACGUGCGAGGCGGAGAGCGGCGGCUGCAGCGACGCGAUCAGCCACAACGUGCAGUUCGUCAGCAAGGAGAAGGUGCUGAUGGAGCGCACGCACAGCGUGUACCACCGGAACCCGAACCUGCCGCACUUCUACCAGGGCCUCGCCGACUACUCGAUCCCGUCCGGCGGCAACAUCUGUCUGGUGGUGGAGGUGCAGGGCAACUGUGAGGUGCAGUGGUUCCGCGACCGCUACCCGGUCACCGGCAAGCCGCCGAAGGUGCGCACGUACAGCGACGGCACCGGCCUGUUUGCGCUCUGCAUUACGGCGGCGACGAUGGACGCGUCCGGCCGGUACGUGUGCCGGGCGACGAACGCGUUCGGCAAGGCGGAAUCCUCCUCGAACGUGGACAUCAUCAACCCGAACGCGAUCAAGGGCGCGAAGCCACCGAUCUUCAUGUCCCGGCCGCAGCCCGAGAUCAAGAUCAGACAGGGCGACACGCUGUCGAUGGCGUUCAAAAUCAUCGGCGACCCGAAACCGAAGAUUCAAUGGAUGAAGGGCACGAAGGAUUUGACCAACUCGCCGCGAACGGUGAAGGAAGUGCACGCGGACUACAUUCGAUUCUCGAUCAAGGAGGCAGUGGUCGCGGACGAGGGUGCCUACUUCAUCGUGGCCAGAAAUCGACACGGCAUCGAUCGUUCGUUCACUAAAGUAUCGAUCAAGCCACCGAGGGGCUACAAGAAGCACCUGGAGGACGAUCUUGAUCGGGAUGCACCCGAUAAGGGCCGGAAAUAAAUGCAUGCAAAGCAGGGCGCUGAAACUUUACACUUGUAGUUUCAUUUUGGAAUGUUACAUUGUGUUUUGACGACGCCACGUUGCUUCUGCGAAAUAAAAAAAAGCGAAGUGAACUAGUGUGGUGGUACUAGGAGCAGCUAAGUUAUCAUUAUCAGCAUCAGCAUCAUUGGCGUGAACAGCGAACCGGCAGCACAACAGCACAAGCCGGCAGUAUAUAUAUAGUUCGUCGCCAUGUUCACCCCUUAAUCCCUUAAAACGCAUCGAACGUCUGAAUCUGCGUGUGGAUGAUUCAAACUUGAAAGAGAUUGCAUUGCGAGAAACAUUGUUUACCUUUUUAGUAAGUUUUAUGAACCCCCCUUCUCUUCCCCCACUCUCUUGUCCUUUUCUCCCAACAACCCCUCCCCCCCUCCCACCCCCAACGCCCAAUCAUUUAGUUAAAGAGAGAAGCUUUCGUGUUUGUAUAUGAAUAAAACAGAAACGAUUUUAAAGAAA